AUGUCCGCUUCCGUUCAGACCUUUGGAAAGAAAAAGACCGCCACCGCCGUUGCCCACGUCAAGGCCGGCAAGGGCCUGAUCAAGCUCAACGGUACCCCCAUUACCCUCAUUGAGCCCGCUGUCCUCCGAAUGAAGGUCUACGAGCCUCUCCUCGUUGUUGGCCUCGACAAGUUCGCCAACGUUGACAUCCGAAUCAAGGUCAACGGUGGUGGACACGUUUCUCAGAUCUACGCCAUCCGACAGGCCAUUGCCAAGGGUCUUGUUGCUUUCCACCAGAAGUUCGUUGACGAGCAGUCCAAGAACGAGCUCAAGAAGGCCUUCACCCAGUUCGACCGAACCCUCCUCAUCGCCGACCCCCGACGAAUGGAGCCCAAGAAGUUUGGUGGACCCGGUGCCCGAGCCCGAUACCAGAAGUCUUACCGAUAA